GUUACGUUAAAGUUACGAGAAGAGGAAGAUUAAAGACUUCUUCAGUUUCGAAAAAAAAAGGAAGAAAAUGUUGAGUACGAAAAGAACAUAAGAAAGUAGAGAACUUGCAAGAAGCCAUCUGGCCUACACGUAGCGAAAAGAGGAAGAAAAGGAGAAAACAUAUCAGGAACUGUUUACGUAUCUAACGGAACUAUAAAGAUAUGACACAGAAAAUAACCUUCAUUUCACAAGUGGCCCAUUAUGUUGAAUUCAGGACUUGAUGUUAUUCAGAGACGAACAAGAGAAGAAGGAGGAGGCUACAAUAAGGUAGGAGAAGAAAGAACAAGGAUUUAUAGGAGGAAGGUAAAAGAUACAAGGAAGGAGAGACUGACAGGGAAAGAAGAAGCAGAUAAACUCCAUUAUUUAAUUCUAAGUGAGGGAGAGAAUAGUAAAGAGGGGAAAAAAAAAUAACAAAGGAAGAAAGAGGCAUAGAGCAAAGAAAUGAGGAAUAUAAAAAAAUGCGUUGGCAUAAAAAGAAGGUGAGGGAAAGAUGAAGGACUUCGCCACAAAAAAGUUAAGAUGGCGCCAGCAUUGCGUCUCGGGAAGGAGAGGGCUAACUCAACUGUUUGCUCACGUGCGUCGCUCCACUCAAAGGCGAGGAUUCUCACACAGCACACACCAAGGCUCAAGGGAAGACUUUACCGCCCACUGCGCCCAGUGCACCCAACACCUGCCAUUAUCUGAGAGCAGCAGCAAUGAGUACGUAAGCGAUGGAGAGACGGAAUAUGUGAGGCAGUUGCUGCAAAAGGAGAGACACUGGAACAUACUGAGGAUGCACAGCUGUAUGCAGACAGAGAAGCAUGGAGGAUAUUCUUAAGGCACCAUGACUGACAGGGGCAACCCUACCUGGUGUAUGGUGAGAAAGUUGUGUGAGUGGCCGCUCCAGCCUGAGUCUCCGCUGUUCAUGGCCGCGCCCACUUUUGUAGCGUGGGACGAAACUAAAACUAAUGGCCGUGGGGACCAAAAGCACGCGAUAAAACGUGUAGCAGUGUGUGAGUGUGAGUGUGAGUGGAGACGGCGGUGGGAGAACAUAAGUGGAGAUGGCCAGUGGAGAGGAAAAUGACGUUCAUGAAGACGUGUUAACUGUGACUGACUGAUGGCGAGGACAAGUUGACCAGAAUGCCUGCGGCUGCUCCGUUCAUGAGGUAAGAGCGAGGAACGAGAGAAGCACCUGUGAUUACUCCUGGCAUUACCUGAGCAUCGUGAAGCAAGAUGAGGCCACAAUGCAUGGGGUGACAUGGAUUUCACAACGUGCUUGCCAAAAAUAUUGCGAGGUGGUGGUGCACUUCUCCCUUUGCGUCACAUGAGUGUUGGGAGGGAAUGACCUACAGCGAUCCAUGAAGAGUCAAUUCAGACCAUGUAGCAUUGAAGGUAUUACCGUAUGUGGUGCUGUAGCUAAACCAUUACAGAUGUAGAGAACACAG